GGAAUUUAUAACACAAAUUUGCAUUACUUGGAUUCGUAAUUAUCAGUGAGUUCUCUGAACAUUUACUGCAGGAAAUAAAUGACUUGAGACUUCCGUAAUAAGCUACUUGGGAAACCCAAUCACCGUUGAGGAAAAUAAUCGAUAAAACUGUCCACUACGUAAGCGUACAACCAUAACAGGUGUAGAUUCUAGUCGUCCACCUGUCCUUUGUAAAUACGUGGAAUAAAUUUUUUUACUCACAAACGAAGUAGAAAUAUAACCAAAAUAAUCAAAAGAAAAAGAAAUAAUGUCAAGAAAAUUUGUAGACGCACUUUUUUUAUUUAGAAGUAGAAGAUAUGAAGAAAGUGUUGAAUUAUGUACGGAAAUCUUGAAGGAAACUCCACUUGAUAAGGCAACUUGGGUCUUAAAAAUGCGUGCUCUGACGCUAUUAGUCUACGUGGACGAUAUUGAAGCCGAAGAGGAAGGAAUUGCGGAUUCGGUGUUAGAUAAUCCUGCAGUGGCAACAGCUCCCAGGCCAGGAACAUCGUUGAGAAAUCCAGGAACUGCAAUUCCCGGUCAAGCAUUUCGUCCUCGAACUCAAACCGGAAGACCCCUAACCGGAGUAAUUCGACCUGGAACGCAAUCGGGAUCAGCACAAAAUCUCGAACAGGCUCUACAAACACCCAGGACAUCAAUGUCAGCGAAACCAAUUACUGCCAGUUCAAGUCUUAAUAUAAGACUGGGAACUGCUUCAAUGCUAAGUGAACCUGGAGGUCCAUUUAUACAAUUAUCAAGACUCAAUAUUUCCAAACAUGCGAAAGACAUGACAGUUGCUAAACCUUUAUUUGAAUACAUUUACUAUCAUGAGCGAGAACCAACAAUUGCUCUCGAUUUGGCGGUGAAUGCAAAUAAUUCUAAAGAAUCAAAAGACUGGUAUUGGAAGGUGGCAAUGGGAAAGUGUUAUUACGUUCUUGGUUUGACUAGAGAUGCUGAACAACAAUUUAGAUCAGCUUUAAAAGACUACAAACACAUUGAGACUCUACUUCGACUUAUAAGAAUUUACAUCAGACUCGAUCAACCACUGGCUGCCUUGGACACUUGUAAGGCCGGAUUGGAAUAUUUUCCAAAAGAUGGUUCAAUAUUAACAGAAAUGGCUCGUCUUUAUGAAGGCUUGAAUAAUUCAGCAUUGUCAAUAAAGUAUUAUAAAACAAUUAUACAGGAAGACGCCUCAGAUCCAGAGGCUAUCGCGAGUAUUGGAAUGCAUUAUUUUUAUAACGAUCAACCGGAAGUUGCACUUCGAUUUUACAGGAGGCUCCUUCAAAUGGGCGUCUAUAAUACCGAGCUUUUCAAUAAUUUAGGUCUCUGUUGUUUUUAUUCGCAACAAUUUGAUCAUACGAUUUCUUGUUUCGAGAGGGCUAUUAAUCUUGCAAGUGAAGAAACAAUAGCCGAUGUUUGGUACAAUAUUUCUCUUGUUGCGAUAUCAAUUGGCGAUUUGGAAAUGGCCGACGAAAGUUUAAGACUUGCAGUAAAUGCCGAUAAUAGACACGCAUUAGCUUUCAACAAUCUUGGAGUUUUAGAAGUUAAAAAAGGACAUUUAACUGCCGCUGGAACAUAUUUUCAUGCGGCCGCAAAUAUCGGGACUUAUUCAUAUGAACCGAAUUUCAACUCAGCUUAUCUCGCCUUCCAGACUGGUGAUCUUCAAACGAGUUUUAAUUAUGUGAAGAAAUCAUUGAAAGCCUAUCCAGAUCAUCGAGACAGCAAAGAACUUCUCAGAAAACUAAAGCGAUACUUUGGAUAUAUUUAAAAUUUUUUUCUUUGUGGUAAU